AUGGACGAUGUAUUAGACAGUAGAAGGGAUCCAGGAUCAUCGACUGGAGAAGAUAUAAAUUCAUCGUCCAGUUUGCUAGAUAUCCUAAUAAAGACUGAAGAACCAAGUGAUGAGACAGAUCCAUUGGAUCAAUUCGGAGACAUUAGUGAAGCAGUUAUAGGACAAAUAUCAGGAUCCCUUGAAAUGAGUGAAGAUCUGAUGCAAAAUGCUCUGAAAAUGUUUGGAGACGCCAUGGACUACAAACCAAUAACUCCAAUCACUCAAAAACGGAAACGAAUCCAUCGAGAAUCUCAAAUAAGUGACGUCAAACCCACGCUUUCACCUCUUCCAUGCCAACCAGUCGAAUCUGUCAAAAAAAUCCGAAAGAAUGAUCCCAGAUCUGUGAACUGUCCUCGUUCAAACUACAGUGUCGACUAUACAGAAAUCUUCCAAAAGGAACAGAAAACAGAUUUUCAAUUCAAAACUUUUCAUCAACAACUAGAAAAAGAAAGAACUCGACGAAUUGACGAACAAGUUAACAAAGAUGUUGAACGUCUUUUGAAUAGUGCAACUAGAAUUUAUGGACCGAAGGAGUGGACAUCUGAAGAGAAAACCGAGUUUUCGUCAUACUGUAGAAACUUGAGAACUGGAUCAUUGAAUGAAGAAGACAGAAAUAAUCUUCAAAAUUUCUAUGCGAAAGCCUAUCAGCAGGAUUAUCAAAGUCUAUUAGGAGCUAGUUCUCCUUUGGGACAAAAAGAGGUCAAAGAGACGUUAGCUUCGAGUUCAGCUAUCUGUCUUCCGAUGAAAGAAGACAAUCACAUAUUCGUAGAGCGUGUAAAACAAGAAGUUAUCAACAGUAUGCCGGCACCUCUCACGUUGAGUUGUCUGCUGAAUCAUCUCGACGAAGCUCAAAAGUAUAAAUUCGAUCCUGGAAUGAAGUAUGAAAGAGAGAAACAAUUUCGCUAUGCUGCUACAAAAAUAUUCAAAAAUGUUGUCAAUUCUAGGAAAAUAUUCACACCUGAAGACAUAUCUCGUGGACCUGACAAUAGACGUCGGUUCGAAUCAAGUGAUAUAAAAUCACUGGUUACUAACAUAAAUGGGUUAAUGAAUGAACAAAAUAAAGUUUGGAGUCCAGAUCAAGUUCAACAACUCGGCGAUUACUACAAUAUAUUUAUAGAGAAACAACAUUUCAAUAUUGUUCAAACUAAAGAUCUUGGAAAAUUCCUACGAAAAAUAUACGGUCGAUUACAGCAAUAUGAAAUUGAAAGAGAAAAUGAUACUGUGUUACAAGAGAAGAGAAAAUAUUGGCAAGAGUACGCGAAGACACAUGCACCACCUGCGAAAAAAACCCCGGGGCGUAAACCAAUCAAAUGGAACCAUCCGGUGAGAGCAUACAAUAAAUCCAAUGUCGACACAACAGGAGAAACUCUCGAAGAGAAGAAAUUACGGAAGGCUGCUUAUCUCCGUCAAUGGAGACUUGCCCAAAAAGAGAAAAAAUACUAUUCGAACAUGUUUGGAUCAGUGGAACCUUUACAAAAGUGA